ACAGAACUCGGAUUCUGCGCGAAACACUAGCAAAGUUAUUUUGUCAAACAUUUAUAAAUUCUAUAUGAAAAACUACAAUGCAGGUAAAAUGCCGCAUUGCGAUGCACGCUACAACAAACACGCGUUAUUUCUAAUACAAAAACAACGCUUAACUAAUUAAAUUAAGCACAUGAUAGUUUAAACUAUUGCCUUAUUAUUUUAUUUUUAAACCUAUAAUUAGUGUUGUAAAUAGGUCGUAAGUGAAAACCGGAAAUAGUGUGUGUACUUAUAUAGGUGUAAAUUAAAGUUAUGGCGGUUCAAAAUAAAGUUUUGUAUGCGUUUCGUGGUUGGAUCGCGUUUGUUGCGUUUAUGGAUUUGGGCACCGCUGGCCGGUCUUAUAUUGAAAGAAGGUCGUUUCUUAGCAACGCUGGGGAUGAACAUUUAGAUGGAGACUUCACAAUAUCCCGAAUGCUUGGAAUGUACUCAUUUCUAAAAGCCCUCGCACUCAUACAUUGUACGCUCUACAUACAUUAUAGACCGGUGGUGUCAAUGGGCUACUGGUCUCUGUCGUUAACAAUCAUCCUAUAUUUCACGGAAGCUUUCUACUUUCACUCGACAGAUCUCAACUUCUAUGUUGUGUUUCCUUGCGUUUUGAAUAUACUAACACUCCUAGGCUUAAUAUACCUACCUACAAAGCUAAAACUGUUUGGACAAAUACCCGGCACGUCAGGCAUGGAUCGCGAAGUAGAUGACGAAAACACACAAAUAUUACGCUCUAUGGGUAACUUUAGGAGACGAAAACCUGGCAACUCUGCUAAGAAUAAACAUGUUUGAUAGUGUUGCUAUGUGGAAAAAAUUUGGUAGAUUGGUAGCUAAAUGAGAAGUGUUUCAAAAAGGUUUUUUGUUUAAGUACUUAUUCGCUGAAAAUUGGAUUGGAUGAGACAAGAAGUAUUUAAAUUUGGAGUGAACGCAAACGUGAGAAAGUCGAAGUCGAAGACAAGUCAUUUUAUUUAAGUCUUACGUCAAAAAUAUAAAUAAGAUUUAUUCUAGUCGCCCAUUCUAAAAGUAUCUUCCUAUGGAGGAGAACAGACAAGAAACUCCAUGGUUAAAACUCGUUGGACAAAUACCCGGCACGUCAGGCAUGGAUCGCGAGGUAGACGACGAAAACACACAAAUAUUACGCUCUAUGGGCAACUUCAGGAGAAGAAAACCUGGCAACUCUGCUAAGAAUAAACAUAUUUGAUAGUGUUGCUAUGUGGAAAUAUUUGGUAGGUUGGUAGGUAAAUGAAGUGUGUUUAAAAAAGGUUUUUUGUUCAAGUAUUCAUUGAAAAUUGGAUUGGAUGAGCCAAGAAACAUUUAAAUUUGGAGUGAGGUAGUUUUAAGUGAUAAAAAAAGUCCUCAAAAAGCUUUGUUGAAAAAUCUCAAUUUACUCAUUGUAGAGAUUUCCAAUUCCUAAUAAGCGUUUCUUGGGGGAAGGGAGUUCAGUAGUGGACGGCAAUUUUCUGAUCUGAUUAGAUUUAAGGUUCUAUAGUCUGUUUUUUAAUCUCGUAGACUAAACUGACAUUACGAGUGUGGUCAGUUCAUUGCAAAUUCUUAAAUAGUGAUGUGGCACGACCGAAACUUAGCGUUAAUAAAAUCAAGUAUCGUUU